AUGACUGUGGUGUCCCAGGAGAACCACGACGACACUGUGGUCGUUACUCCUCUGUUGCAAGAUGCUGCCGACUUGGAGCAGGGGGACCAGGAGUGCAGCGAGAGGGUGGUCAUCAACAUCUCGGGUCUGCGCUUCGAGACACAGCUGAAGACCCUGUCCCGCUUCCCGGCCACGCUCCUGGGAGACCCACGCAAAAGGAUGCGCUUCUUCGACCCGCUGAGAAACGAGUACUUCUUUGACAGGAACAGGCCAAGCUUUGACGGCAUCCUCUAUUAUUACCAGUCGGGUGGGCGGCUGCGGAGGCCUGUGAGCGUGCCUGUGGACAUUUUCAUGGAGGAAAUCAAGUUUUAUGAACUCGAGGAUGAGGCCAUGGACACUUUCAAAGAGGACGAGGGCUUGGCAAAGGAGGAGGACCAGACGCUGCCCAACAACGAGUACCAGCGCCAGUUUUGGCUCCUCUUCGAGUAUCCAGAGAGUUCAGGACCUGCACGGAUAAUUGCCAUCGUGUCAGUUAUGGUUAUUUUGAUAUCCAUUGUUAUAUUCUGCUUGGAGACACUACCCGAGUUCAGAGACGUCCCUCCACAGCCGGACAACAGCAACACGGCGAAUGGAAGCGCACAAGGUAAAGCGCUCAGCCCCUUCACAGACCCCUUUUUCGUGAUUGAGACACUUUGCAUCGUGUGGUUCUCUUUUGAAUUCACCAUGAGGUUCCUUUCGUGUCCCAGCAAAGCAGCUUUCUUUAAAAACCUCAUGAACCUCAUCGAUGUGGUGGCCAUAGCUCCGUACUUCAUCACCCUGGGCCUGGAUCUCGCAGAGCAUCAGGGCAGCAGUCAGCAGGCUGCGUCUCUGGCCAUACUAAGGGUCAUCCGUCUGGUCCGCGUUUUCAGGAUUUUUAAACUCUCCCGGCACUCCAAGGGCCUCCAGAUCCUCGGCCAGACGCUCCAAGCCAGCCUCAGGGAGCUGGGGCUGCUCAUAUUCUUCCUCCUCAUCGGCGUGGUCUUAUUCUCCAGUUCUGUUUAUUUCGCAGAAGCAGAAGACCCCGACUCUGAAUUUACAAGUAUACCUGAUGCGUUCUGGUGGGCUGUGGUGACAAUGACCACGGUUGGUUAUGGAGACAUGUGUCCCUCCACAAUUGGGGGGAAAUUCGUUGGAUCUUUGUGUGCAAUCGCUGGAGUACUCACUAUAGCUUUACCGGUCCCAGUUAUAGUAUCCAAUUUCAAUUAUUUCUACCACAGAGGAAACGAGGAGGAGGACAACGUUCAGUUCGUCCACGUGACCUGUGGGCACCAGCAGCAGCCCUCAUUUGUUGAGUGUGAUUCAACCAAAAGUAUCCAGUCGCUCUCCAAAACGGAGUCCUUUCAGGAGAGCGACGACCUGGACCCUCCGACACAUCCAAAGAUAAACCAACUCGAGACAUACACCGGGAAACUGACAGUUGUGUAA